AUGCCCCACCUCUCCCAAAGACGACACCGGCUUACUCGCUCGUGGAACUGCUGCUACCGCUACAACGACGCGCACUUCCGCUCGCAAAUCAGCUCUCAAGGCGCGCGCAUCGCUGCGCGAGGAGGACACGGACUCGGAGUACGACGCGGUUCAGACACACGAGGAAGAGGAGAGCGAGCACGAAGCACCACCACCGAAGAAGCGCGGCGCGUCGACGACCGCCAAACCUCCUCCUCGUCCGCGAGCCAAGGGCGCGCUCAAAGACUUCCUCGACCUCCCGCUCGAGUUGGUCCUGCGCAUUUUCGGCGAACUCGACUUGCCGACGCUCUUCCACCUAUCUCGUCUCAGCAAACGAUUCUGGCCGGUAUCAUGAGGCCCACAGCGCACGGAAUGAGUGUCCACCAACAGGCGAACUUGAUGUUCGGCUGCUGUCAGGGCUGCGGCAAGACCACGAACAAGGUUGACUGGGUCCUGAGGAUUCGCGCCUGCCCGUCGUGCUACAGGGAUCGCGUGGCCGACAAGCAGACGGCGAGCUUCUUCUCGAAGGAGGUGUUGAAGAUUGCCCCGUUCAGCCAGAUGGAUAGUUCCGGUGGCGACCGCAAGACGAAGCAUUACUCGACGGACGCCCUGGACACCAUGCGAAACUGUUACGGCUACAGGGAGGACAGCGACGACGAGGGCGACCAGACAGAAGACCACGAUGCAUUGGACUGGACCUACCACGGCUACGAGGCGUUGACUUUCAAGUACAGAUGCUUUGGCCGGAUGGAGGACAUCAGCUCAAAAGACGACUUCAUCCACGACUUGGCGGUUGUCAGGAACAAGCGCGUGGCCGACGCCACCUCGAUGGUCGCUUGGUUCAGGCAGGAGGAGAAACGCAGGGGUGAGGAGCGGCGGAAGAUCUUGGAAACUCGCCGCAAAGACAUCAUGGCGCGGUUCGAGGCUGAGGGCUACAAAGUGCACCACUUCGACUUCGACGCCUUCAGGGACCACCCGAUCAUGCGCGUCGCGAAAGAGUUGACAGACAGCGCUUUCGCCGCCGUGCAUGUCGAAGUCGGCGCUCUCGUCGCCGCUCAGCGUCACCGACAGGACGUCCAGAUCAUCGCGCAAGAGAGCAACCGCCUUCGGGACCUAGUCUCACGCGAGUACAAUCGCCUGCGACAGGACGAGGAAUACGUCCGCGAGUACCUUUUCGACCCUGUUCCGGACAUUUACGAAUUUCUCGAACUCGAGCCGGUCAAGGCCAUGUACCGCAUCGCAUCGGUCGACGAGGUCGGCAAGCGUACGCCGCCACCCAUUGCGGACAAAGCGCGCGACAUCGCUCGCGCCAUCGGUCAGGCGUGCGAAGCAGCCGAGUCGGCCUUCUUCCGAUCUUUCGUCAAGAUUCUCGCCGAGAUUGAGACGGCUCGCAAAGUGGACCCGCUUGCUGCACCUCCAGCAGCCACCCCGCAGCCUGGUCCGACACUUGCGCAGUCGGCGGCGCCCACGGCGCAUCCCCUUCAGCUUCUUCCCGCUGACCUCGACGAACUUCUACAGCAGCCGGAGCUUUAUCAAGAUGACCUGCUCCUUCGAGCCAUCUGCAUCGUCCAGUGCCUCGCAUGCAAGCACGUCGACAACGGCAUCGGCAUCUUGACCCACAAGUGUUCUGUCGGCCACCAUUCACUCCGCGCGACCGGCUAUCAGCUCCUGCGCGAGCGGAUCGAGGCAGCCAUCGACGUCGUCGUCGCCCUGGAGCAAGAACUUUCCGCCACGGCCGAGGAGGUUGGCGAGUUCGGGCACGUCCUGCACUGCGAGUGCGCGUCUCCCGCCAUCGCGCACGACUGGCGCAACGUGGUCCUCCACCGAGCGAGAUACCAUCGCACAAGCGCGGAAAAGCCAGCCAUCGUCGUCGACACCGAGGAAGGAGCGAUGAAGCGGGUCUUCGAUAAACACGUCGAGUCGCUAGGACAACAGUCGACGGGAUACAGCAGCUUCUACCCUCUCUUCGGCGGCAUGCGCUUCUAG